AUGGUCCGUUUCGCGACUCCGCUUCUGGCCCUCACGGCCCUCUCGGCCACCGCGCUCGCGACCACCACUUGCAGCACCAGCAGCCAAUGUCCCGAGGAUAAGCCUUGCUGCUCACAAUAUGGCGAGUGUGGCACUGGCGCAUACUGCCUCGGUGGUUGCGACAUCCAAUCCUCGUUCUCCAUCGACUCGUGUGCCCCCAUGCCCGUCUGCGAGGACAAGUCCUAUACUUGGGACAACCUCGACAACACCAUUCUGAACACCAAGUACCUCGGCGACGCCUCCGAGGCCGAUUGGACCUACAGCGGCUACCCCAAGAUUGAUGAUGGGAGCCUCCUCAUGACCAUGCCCAAGAACAGCGUCGGCACCUUGUUCGCCAACAACCACUACAUCUGGUACGGCAAGAUCUCCGGCAAGAUUAAGAGCAGCCGUGGCGCCGGUGUCGUCACCGCGUUCAUUCUGCUGUCCGACGUCAAGGACGAGAUCGACUACGAGUUCGUCGGUGCCGACCUAAGCAACGUUCAGACCAACUACUACUGGCAGGGUGUCCUCGAUUGGCACAACAGCGCCAACGCCUCCAUCGACGGCGGCGACUCCUUCGACGACUGGCACACCUAUGAGAUUGACUGGCAGCCCGACCAGACGCAGUGGUCCGUGGACGGCGAGGUCAAGCGCACCCUCAAGAAGUCCGACACCUGGAACUCUACCGCCAACCGCUACCAGUACCCGCAAACCCCCGCCCGUCUGCAGAUGUCGAUCUGGCCCGCCGGUCAGGCUAGCAACGCCGAGGGCACCAUCGCCUGGGCUGGUGGUGAGAUUGACUGGGACAGCACCGAUAUCCAGGAGAAGGGCUACUACUACGCGACCAUCGGCCAGGUGGAUGUCACUUGCUACUCAGCUCCGUCCGGCACUUCUCAGACCGGCAACACCUCCUACGUCUACACCUCCUCCUCGGCCAUGGAGGCGGAUGUCGAGAUCACCAGCAACUCGACCGUGCUCGGCUCCCUCGGCGCGACGGGCCUGGACAUGACUCUGGGUGCCAACAGCAGCAGCAGCGCGACCGCCUCCGCCAGCGACAGCGUCCCCAGCAGCAACGGUGGCUCGGGCGGCAUGGCCAGCAGCAACUCUGGCAGCUCCACUACCAGCAGUUCCUCUUCCACCAGCACUGGCUUCAGCCAGGGUAACAGCGGCAGCAGCACCCAGGACAACGGUGCCCCGGCGCAGGGUGAGCGUGUCCUGCGGGGCUCGCUCUUCGCCGUUCUGGUUGCGGUUGUGGUUCUGGUGACGCUGUAA